AUGGAACCCUAGGCCGGCGUGUGGCACCGCUUUCAGUUCAGUACACCCUAUCCUAAGUGUGUGUGGGUCGUUGUACCACGUAGGUGGCAUAUGCAUGCAUGCAUAUGCAAAGAAUGUGCCAGAAGUGCUGGCCAUAGUCUCUUUUGAACUUAAGUUCUGUUCCAUGAAUGCUCUUAUAUAAUAUGCAUCCACUUGUUUUUUGCUUCCUUUCCUCAGCCCUCCGGUUUUCGACAGCGCGUGUACGUUCCCAACACUCGAUCGCCGUCUUCCUGUUUCAAACAGCUUUGUUGCACGAGGCAUGUAAGGUACGUAAAGUUGGAGAAGCCAAAGGAGCUUCUUCAAGUGUUCAGAAAGGUUGCCCGAAACCCAGCUCAGCGCACAUGGUACACGAUUGGCGCUUUCAUGGCGGGUGGGUGCAUCCAGAUGAGGCCUUUAUAGAAGAAUCAGUUGUUAGACGCGAGCUGUCGGACAACUUCUGUUUCUACAACGAUAAGUAUGACAGCCUGGAAGGAGCUGCGGCUUGGGCGCAGCAGACUCUGAAGGACCAUGCGAAAGACAAGCGCGAGCACCUGUACACCAUGGAGGAACUGGAGGGUGGCAAGACACAUGACGACUUGUGGAAUGCUUCGCAGCAGCAGAUGGUCCAGGAGGGAAAAAUGCAUGGCUUUCUGCGGAUGUACUGGGCCAAGAAGAUCCUUGAGUGGUCGCCAUCUCCAAAGGAGGCUUUGCAGCGAUCCAUUGAAUUGAAUGACCGCUAUGAGCUGGAUGGCAGGGAUCCGAAUGGUUAUGUGGGCUGUAUGUGGAGCAUUUGCGGGGUUCAUGACAUGGGAUGGAAGGAAAGACCCGUCUUCGGCAAGAUUCGUUUCAUGAACUAUGCGGGCUGCAAGCGGAAGUUCAAUGUGCCGGCCUUUGUUGCCAAAUAUGGUGGCACAAGAGCUGAGGCCGCAGAGGCCGCCACACCGCCAUCCAAAAGAAGGAAAGCGAGAUGACUUCGGCAUCAAAGUGCAGGUGCUGCAAUCUUUUCGGUUGCCGACUGCUUGGAAACAACUAAGAGGU